CAGUGCUUCGAAUUUUUCUUCUUUUAAAUAAGAACGUACAAUUUUUCUUGUCUGUUUUGGAUUCUGCGUCUUCCAUAUUUGUUUUGUAAACAAUUUGGUUUUAGUACUUCUGUAACUUAAAUAUUUAAUAUUAUUUAAAGGCAAAUCAAUAUGAAUAAAAAAAAAAAUAUGGCAAUUGACUUUCAAGAUAAUAUGAUACUGUUAAUUAGGAAAUAUUUAAAACGUAAAAUUAUGUGUCCUGAAACAAAGUUCAGACAUUAUGUUAAAGAAAGAAUGCAUAUAUUAGAAUUGUUAAAAAGAACAGUAGAUAUGGGUGAAAGUAAUUCUGUUUUAUUAAUUGGACCUAGGGGUAGUGGAAAAACAACACUAAUAAAUAGUGUCUUAAAAGAAUUGUCACAUGUGAAAAGUUUUAAAGAAAAUGCAUUAAUAGUAAAUCUUAAUGGUCUUGUUCACACUGAUGAUCGAUUAGCUUUGAAGGAUACUACACGUCAAAUGCAAUUAGAAAAUGUUGUUGAUGGUAAAGUUUUUGGCACAUUUGCUGAAAAUUUAUCUUUCCUACUUGAUUGUUUGAAAUCAGGUGAUAAGAAGUCUUCCAAACCAGUUAUUUUCAUAUUAGAUGAGUUUGAUUUAUUUUGUGAACAUCAUAAUCAAACUCUGUUGUACAAUCUGUUUGAUAUUGCUCAAUCUGCACAAGCACCAGUAUGUGUAAUAGGAAUGACUUGUAGAUUAGAUGUUAUAGAACUCUUAGAAAAAAGAGUUAAAUCAAGAUUUUCUCAUCGGCAAAUAUUUUUAUUCCCUGGAGAUAUGUCAUUGUCAGAACAACCAUUAUCUGCUUUUGAUGAUCGUUUAGAACUUUUUCAACAUCUUUUAAGUCUUCCUGAUGAUGAGAAUGUAAAUAGGAUAGAGCAUCAAUAUGAUGAUUGUACUAUAGAACCACAAUUUGGAUCUGUAUGGAAUGAUUACAUAAAAAGUUUAGUUAGUAAUGUUACGAUUGUGAAUUUAUUAAAAAAAAUGUAUCAAAUUGAUGUAAGUGAAAGAAGUUUUAGAAAUUUUCUGGCAAUGACUGUUUCUUCAUUAUCAGAGAAACAUCAAAGACUAGAAAUAAAUGAUUUUAUAGAAGCAAGUAAAAUGUUUUCCCAAGAUGACAAAAUAUUAAUGCUUGAAGGAUUAUCUGUAUUAGAAAUGUGUUUAAUAAUAUCAAUGAAACAUGAAACAGAAAUUUAUGAUGGAGAGCCAUUCAAUUUUGAAGCAAUUUAUAAUCGUUAUAUUAAAUUUGCUAAUCAAAAUUCUUCUAUACAAACUGUUCAAAAGCCUGUUAUUAUGAAAGCAUUUGAACAUAUUAAGAAUUUAGAAUUUAUACUGCCAGUGAGUGGCAUGAAUUCAAAAGUUGAAAAAGAAUAUCAAUAUUAUAAAUUUUUACUCACUUCACAACAAGUUAUGGAAGCUGUAAAAAAUUAUUCUGGAUUACCAACAGAAGUAUCACAAUGGGCAGUAAUUAAUAUGUAAUUAUGGAUUCAUGAAAUUACAAGUGCUAAGAAGGUUUAUAUUUGUAAUAUCAUUCAUGCAAUCUUAGCCAUUUUAUGAAAUAAGUAUAAAAUUUAUAAUUAAAAAUUUAAAACAUAUUUUCACUAUAGAUAUUUAUUUAAAAAAAAAUAUAAAUUCAUUUUCUAUAAUUAUAGUUAUAUAAGUAUGUAUUCGUUUAAAAAAUAUGUUUUUUUAUGUAUAUGAAACUAUAUACUACAUAUAAUUUUAAUUAUCAAUUUUAAUGAUCAAAUUAAAAAAAAUAUCACGUAUUUUCUAAAGAUAAUUAUAUAAUUAUAAGUCUAAUUAAUCAUAAAAAAAAUGUAGUUCACAUUUAUAGUAUGAGAUUAGUAUAUAUUUGAUAAUAUUGAAUUAGGUAAAAAAUUAGAAAUUGUUAUUUUCUGAAUAUUUAUGUAACAUAACCUUCAUGCAGCAAUUCCUGCCUAUUAUAGCGUCCAACAUUAUAUCUUAAAUAAAUAAAAAUGACAAUUAAUGUUUCAUAACAAUAUUUUAUCUGAAAUUUAAAAUGAAAGAAAUUUCUGUAUAGAUGCCAUAUCAAGAUAUGUAUUUACAAUGUCUGUGAUCUUUCAAUAGAAUUGUUUUCUAUAUGCUAGCAUUUAUAAUUUUUAUUUAUAUAUGUAUAAGAUUUUAAUUAUUUAUCAGAGAUUGCGUGUACAUUGUAUGAUAUAAUAGUAAAAUAUGAAAGCGUUAAAAAGCGUGUAUGAAUAUAUUUAUACAUUUCUAAUAAAUUUACAAUUACUACAAUCUUGAAGAAUAUUCUAAUCUAUCCAAGCGAAAUUUGGCUUGUUUUUAUCCGUCAGUAUAGUAUCGGUAAUUGUAUUCAAUUGAGAAUUCUUUGAUAAUUUUUUUUCAAGAAAAAAUUGUUUUCCAUAAUUAAAACGAUUUUUACGAUUAUAUUUUUUAAUAUAUGUAUCAUGACCUGUAACAAUUAUAAUAAUAAUUUAUAAUAAUUUUUAUAAUAUUUUUCAACCGAAUGCAUCUUACCUGGAUUAAUUCCCAUAGGAUGAACAUUUGUUAAUUCAUGUUUUUCUAAAAUUCGAAGAGCAGACAUGGCUCUACUUAUUCCAAUCUAAAAAAUAUACAUAAUCAAUUUCAUGAUGUACAUAAUUUUUAAUUAUAAAUAUAAUAUAAUAACUAAAAUAAAAACCUGUGAAUGUCGUA